ACCCCAAACAAAAUGAACACUGUAAGUAGCCGCAGCGAGCGCCGGCCUCUCUCAGCUGCAAUCAACCAGCUAGCUAACUCGCAAUCAGGUUCGAUCAUUCUGGCUAGGAUGGGGCUCCCUCUGCGUUGGUAAGGCGACACCCAGUCCGGACUGUUUGUUGCGGACAAAGACUGACAUGACCGUAGCCGGCGGAGGUGCCUACUAUUUCGCCAAGAAGCAGAUCAACGCCGACCGAGCCCAGCGUCUUGAGGAGUCGCGGAGGAAGAGACACAUGAUCGACUCUCUCGAGUACUCGGACAACGUUCCCAGCAAGCCCGGUUCCUCGUCGACCAUGGGCUCUGCACCCGCCGGCACAUCGCCGCGGACUGACCCAUCCGGAUCGCCCAGCCAGGAGGCCAGCAACGACCCGGCCCCGACGAGGCACGCGCCUUCGACGGAGGGAGAAAGGGUGUUCGAAAAGAGCAAAUAUGAGAGCAGCACGCCGUUCAAGAGUCAGAAGGGGGACCGGUUCUCGUAGAUCCUCCUCCCCCCUAUCUGGCGCAUGUACAAUAACGAUGAGGAGUGAUUUAUGUAGACUCUGGACCGACGACGGCUAGAGUAUCUACUGUACAUAUUUGGUUCAUGAACUCGAGACGCAAGCUUUUAUCAGACGCUGAAGAUUGGUAUUGAUCUCUUAGUAUAGUUGCUACUACACUUUGCGCCGCCAC